GUCUGAGAUGAGGAAGAAAGUGAGGAGGAAGGAGUGCAGUGAACUCUGAAAAAGCUUCAGCAAACAACUCGCUGUGCGCUAAUUCUGGUGUAAAUUUGGAUUAUCUCAACAGUUCUCAUUUUGAGAAUGUGUGAUUAACUUUCGAAGAUGUGUUGAAAGAAAAAAGGAUGGAAGUGGAGGAGUCUGGUGAAACAAGGACUUCCUGGGCUGUGGCACCAGGAGAGACACACUCCAUCAUCUGUGACCAUGCUGGGAAAAAGAGAAAACAAGACCCUGCCCCUGAUCCUGUGACCAGAAUCGCAGAGGAUGAAGGGGAAGAGGAAGAGGAUGAAAUGAUGUCUGACCACAUGAAGGAUUCAGAGGAGCCCAGUAAUAAAAGGGUCAAACCGGUGGCAAAGUCCAAUAGCCUAACAGGUGUCAUCACACCAGUAAAGACCCCUGCUCUUAAACGCAUUGGACAGUCUAUAUCACGGUCUAUCAGUUUCCGCACAGAGGCGCGACCUUUGCCCCCAGCUCCCCUACGCGCUCGCUCAAAGGCCUCAUCAUUUCCACGGAGACGCAACAGCCAGUGCUGGAGCGACACCGUUGAGAGCCAUGACCUCACUGCUAAGGAGAUCAAACGUCAAGAGGUGAUCUAUGAGCUGACCCAGGGAGAGAGACAGCUUAUUGAAGACCUUAGUCUGGUCAAGAAGGUAUACUAUGAGCCAAUGCUGAAGUUGGACAUCAUGACAGAGAGUGAGCUCGGGCAGAUCUUUGGUACUCUGGACUCUCUCAUUCCUCUCCAUGAAGAUCUUCUGGAACGUCUUCAGCGGCUGAGGGGAUCAGAGAAGACAGUGGGAGAGGUGGGGCCUACUCUGAUGAAUUGGUUUCCUUGCCUGGAGUCCUAUGUUACAUACUGCUGUAACCAGGUGGGAGCCAAAGCCCUGCUGGACCAGAAAAAGCAUGAGAAGAGAGUGGAGCAGUUCCUGCGCCUGUGUCAGGAGUCUUCAUUCAGCAGGAAACUAGACCUCUGGAACUUCCUGGAUCUCCCUCGAAGCCGUUUGGUCAAAUACCCCCUGUUGCUGAAAGAGAUCCAGAAGUGCACACCUCCAGAGCACCCUGACGAGGACUCGUUGCCUGAUGCUUUGGAAUUGAUCCAGAGCAUCAUAGCAGAGGUUAACAAGAAGACCGGAGAAGCUGAGUGUCAGUUCUACAGACGGGGCCUUGCCUACCUUGAAGACAGCCAGAGAAUAACAGAGAUCCAGGAGUCCCGCUUCCUCUGCUGCCACGGCGAGCUCAAGAACAACAAGGGACAGCGGCUGCAUGUGUUCCUGUUUGAGCUGGCUUUGGUUCUGACCAGACCUGGGGAGGACAAAGACGGAGGUCAGGUGUUCAAUGUCUACAGGCAGCCUCUGCCCAAUGCCUUGUUAAAUCUGGAGGAGAUCCCAGAUGGGGAAGCUGGUGGAGGGAGCGGCUUCAGGGGAGCCUUCAGUGGAGGAAAUGAUAAAGUGAAGAACUGUUUCCGUGUGAUCAGCAGAGGGCGCUCCAAAGCUCACUCUUAUAGCCUGCAAGCCAACGACUCCUUCAGCAGGCAGCAGUGGAUCACCUGUCUGCGCCAAGCGAUUGUCCAGUCGAGAGAUAGGAAUGUUCAGAGCAGACCGUCGCAGUCCUCUCCCCAAACUGAUCCUGCCCUGUAUCACAUAGCUGAGCUCAGCCUCAGCUCAGAUACAGAAAUGGCAGACCACACAGGUCGCUGACUGCUGGACUGAUCAUCAGGAGGACUGUGGAGUGCCUUUAUAUUUGUACAUUGACGUUAUCAAUGCAGGAAAUAAAAUGUGGACUGAUGAUUGUGCUUAGACACGUGUAGUAUUUUUAACAUGGUUAAGUUUCUCUUCUUGCUUUUUCUGUUCAUUUAUGGGCUGUACAGCUUGACAUCAGUAUUACUCAAUUUGAAUUAACAUGUAAAAUUUUAAUGUUGUCAUUGUGUUGUUGUUUUUUUAAAUAAACUGACAAUUA